CCCCAAACUAUCCCCGAGGCGUUUUCACCGCAGAGACCGAGAGUGUUUAAUUUACGAUGGAGGAAAUUGAUGGAUGAAUUUCCAUCCGAUGGGAAUUCGUGAGAACAUCUGACACGAAUUGAACAAAACCACAGGAAAACCGGUUCACUGUACGGUAAGUGAUUAAAUGCACGCAGAAUAUUUUCUUGGAGCAGGAAUUUAUUGCCGGAAGCAUUUGAACUGUUGACUUGAAUAUUCUGCUGGUUGUUACGUUAUAUGAGGCCCGUCAUCUGACUGUGGUGAUCCAACAAAGGUGAGUGAAAUGCCAAGUCGCCGUCGGCGGUUAUUAUAUAGUCUACAAAAGGGAUCUUGAAUCCCCAGUGUUAUCUGCGGAUGCCAUUUCACUAUUGUGUCUAGCAUGUCGACAAAUAAUUUCCUGUUGUACAAAAGGAAUGUCAACGCACAAGGAACGGUCCCUUAAAAAAGAAGUCUAAUUCAACAAUGGGUAUCCCAGAUUUCGAGAAAGUUGUUUCAAUUUCAAAUGCCCCAUAUGAAUCAACGGGAAGAUAUAAAGGCCAAUCUCUUAAAUAGGACAACCGUCGGAUGACUGGAUAUUGGGACCAAUCGUGUGAGGCCGUAAUUCAGGUCUUCUUCUUCACCAGAAGAAAGGACCGCACUCUAUAAAAGAUGGAAGUUGAGCCGAGUGGUGAAAGACUUGUGUGUUUUGUGGUCGUCGCGUGUGCAACGGUGCGCUCAUAGCUGUCCGGCUGAGAAGUUCGUUAAUUAGAGAAGAUGAAGCUGAAACAGUGGCUGGGACAAACGACAUUGGCCUGCGCUUUAUUUGUCGGAUCCAUCGUCUACAGACAACAGCUAGUGACGAAAGUGAGGCAGUUUCGGGAUUAUUCCGGUGAUGUUUCGGACUCGCAAUGGAAAUCUAUUCUCGGAUACUUUGGCAAUGACGACUAUUAUUUAUACGUCUGGGGUUGCAUACUCUGCAUUAUAAUUCCGUUUUGGACUGUCGGCGGAAUGUUCAUGUUUAUGGAUUACUUCAACUGGCCAAAAUGGGUCCGCAAGUACAAAGUUCAGCCUGGAACUAACGAGCCCGUUGAUUUGAACAAACUCAAAGAGACAAUUAAAGUGGCGCUGAUUAACCAAUGGACGAUUGGCAAUCCGCUCAUCUUCAUUAGUUUCGCCGUCAAGAAAUUCACCAACACCAUGCCGGCCAUUUACGAGUUACCGACGCUCCAGCGCUUCCUGAUUGAAAUGGCCGUUUUGUUUAUAGUGGACGAAAUCGCCUUGUAUUACGUGCACAGGUUAAUGCAUCACCCAAAAUUAUACGCGUGGGUCCACAAGAAACAUCACGAAUGGCACGCACCUGUCGCCAUCUCCGUCAUUUACACAACUAAAACCGAAAAUCUUUUAAUUACGGGCGGAACUGGCUUGGGUCCAUUUUUAAUGAAUCCUCACCUAGUCACUUUGUGGAUCUGGUACGCUCUGGUUAACUUGAGAGGCCUGAAAAAUCAUUGCGGAUACAAUUUCCCUUGGCUACCGACUCCGGAGGAUCACGACUAUCACCACAUGAUGAGCAAUGCCUGUUUCGGUCGAACACUGGCCCUGGACUGGCUCCACGGGACGGACAAGGGUUUCCGGGAUUACCAGGCCCGGAAAAAGAAUUCCGCCGGGCAUCAACUUGACCUGAAAAAAUCCGAAUAAAAGUUUAUUAUUAUUAAGUCAGAAAAUGCGAUCCUUUUAGCUUUGCAGUCAAGCAACUUAAUUGUCCUCGUGUGCAACACUAACAACGAUCGACGCCCUAGAGGUAACCUGGUAACCCCCAUAACUUGUUUAAUUAUAAUGUGCCAUUCCCAAUGCUUCUAUGUGUUACAAUUUUAUCUUAACAAUUCAAAUUGGUUGACACCUUCAGAAAAUUCCAACAAACUCGAUUUACUUUACUCUGUUAAAAUAUUUUUCCUAGGAAGGAAAGAAAUAUAUAAUUUGGUUAUGCAAAA